GUGAGACAACUGCAACCAAAAGAAUUACAAUGAAUCGAAAUGAAAACAUGCAGAGGAUGUACGGGUUUUUCCGAUGUAGCCAAUGCGACAAGCUGUGGGAAAGUUCUCAUGUUUACUGUGAACCUGGAACUGAUGAGGUAAGGGGAAUCCCCACACAGAUUUAGUGUCAUUAUUAUUAUUACAAGAAAAUGUCACCCGAUGUUAUCGAGAUAAUAAUGGCGGGCACUUUGCGAUAAUUUCCACCUCCUGUUGCGAAAACUCAUCACAAUUCCGUUAUUUAAAAAAGAAGUAUCUAUAAAAUGAUGUUUACGUUUCUAACAUCAUUAAAAGUUUUAAUUAGUAUUUUUCUGCCAUAUUAUAUGCACACGCCUAACCAUGGGCGCCCGCAGGUAGGGGCAAGGGGGCAGUUGCCCCCCCCCCCCUGGAUUGAUUGGAUAAAAAAUUUUAGACAAAAAUAUCCAAAAAAUCCAGGGGGGGGGAAUCGGAAGAGCAAGGGAGGGGCAAGGGGGCAGUUGCCCCCCCCCCCCUGGAUUGAUUGGAUAAAAAAUUUUAGACAAAAAUAUCCAAUCAAUCCAGGGGGGGGGGAGCAAGUGCCCCCCUUGCCCCUACCUGCGGGCGCCCAUGGUCCCAGAUGAUCGCACAAUAUUUCAGCAGUGAACGGACGAGUGCGAGAUAAGCAUUUCGUUUGCAGGAAGUUGGGCAGUGGAGCAGAUUUCUUCGGAUGAAACCUAGGGUGGAGUUGGCUUUUUUUUUUUUUUUAUUUUGUUUAGAUGAGGUGACCAUUUUAGGUUAUUGGAGAAGAGAAUUCCAAGGUAUGGACUAUUGGAUACUUGUUGGAGGAUUUUCUCCUUUCGCAAAGUAAUAACAAAAUUGUAUUUUAUUUGUUUUUAUCAAAGAAAAUCUUAACCCAUCUUCAUUUUUCAAAAUUAAAUUUUCCCCCUGUGUAAAAUGAUUGGGUUUUGAUAUUCAUGGGUUGAUUUGAUAUUCAUGGGUUGAUUUGAUAUUCAUGGGUUGAUUUGAUAUUCAUGGGUUGAUUUCAUAUUCAUGGGUUGAUUUCAUAUUCAUGGGUUGAUUUGAUAUUCAUGGGUUGAUUUCAUAUACAUGGGUUGAUUUCAUAUUCAUGGGUUGAUUUGAUAUGCAUGGGUUGAUUUGAUAUGCAUGGGUUGAUUUGAUAUUCAUGGGUUGAUUUGAUAUUCAUUGGUUGAUUUGAUAUUCAUGGGUUGAUUUGAUAUUCAUGGGUUGAUUUGAUAUGCAUGGGUUGAUUUGAUAUUCAUGGGUUGAUUUGAUAUGCAUGGGUUGAUUUGAUAUUCAUGGGUUGACUUACGUUAAUGUACCCACGUUUUUUUUAACGCCAUUGAUGUUUCUUAAGUGGUAAACAUAUGUUAAUUAGUAAAAAGAGAAUGUAACAUCUCUUUUUCACAACUGUGAUAUCAACUGAUUUAAAGAUAUUGCCAUCCACGUAAAAAUGUACACAUCCUAUUUCAUAACUUCGACAUGUAUGUACCUAAGAAGGUUAAUUAUUUAUCAAAUUCAUUCAUUUAUUCUGAAUCGUAUCUUGUGCUGCAUUGGGAAAAUGAAAGUAUUGACCCCCCCCCCUCCCCCAGAUUUUAAUAAAAAUUAAUAUAAUCAUCCACGGGAUUGUGGCACCCUACGUAAGCAGACACACAAUUUUGCACUUCAUAUUGUUUGUUCUUUUUCGGAUGAGUGAUAAGUGCAUUAGUGCAUUGGCUAUGGAGUUUCGCUGCACUGAUUGACUUAAACGGCAUUUUAAAAAAAAAUUAAAAGUAUAUUUAGAGCUUAAGUUUUUAUUACCUUAUAAAUUUAAUUAAAAUGUAUUUUUUGAAUGAACAAAAUGUAAAAAGCUUAUUAAAUGUUAACACUAAAAAGCUAAAACUUUUUAUGUUUUGUUAAAAAUUUAAAAAUCAAUCAAUUAUAUUUAUUAGUUUUAAUUUUAAAAAGGAGAAAAUACAUUUUCAGUUUUGUCACGCGCGGUUAUUAAAUCAAAGAAACUUAGAGCUUUGGCUAAAAUAGGGAACUCGCGCUGUGACGUCAUUUGCGUCAAAUUUCUUUUUGUACGCACUAUGCUAUAUAGUAAAACAAAAUAGCGCGUUCAAAAAAGAAAUUUGAAGCAAAAUUUUAACGUGUGAACUGAAAAAUAGAUCGACCAAGUUUCCGUUCUAUCAAAUUAUCGUCGAUCAAUUUAUCGUCGACGAAAUUUCUUUCGAUCAAAUUUCCGGAUACGCCUUGGGUUUUAUAAAUAGUGCGUUCAAUAAGAAAUUUGACGAAUGUUCAAAGCAAAUUUGAAGAAAAUUUGAUCAUUUGAACUGAGCACUAUUCAAAGACUGGGUCCGUGGCCUCCAUCCACGAAACAAAACAAAUAAAGAGUUGCUGUUUUUGGUGGACAUUUGAAAUUUUAAAAAAACCCUUAAAAAUUGGUCUUCUUUGUCUGCCAAGUGAUAGAUACACAUUGUUUUGUUCUUCCAUCGUCAGCCACGUUACGGCCAGGAGUGCAAGGAUUGCCGGGUGGUGUGCAUGCCCUACCGUGUGGAGAGAAUUGUCUGCUCUGGGUGUGGACACGAAGAAUGCACAUGUGAUGAAGACGAGAGAUUGGCGCGCCACAUCAACCCGAACAGAGCGCACCGCAUCGAUCUGUGCGGCAAGUGCCGAUCCGGAAACUACUGCACGAAGGCUUAACUCAUGUUGGAAAUGGAAAGUUGGGUUUAAAAUUGCCGGCCCUUAUUUUUAAAAAAAUGGGAGAAGUUUUGUUAAAUUUAUUCAUACUUAAAUAAUGUUUGAAAAUCUAAUUUUUUGUAAAAAAAAAAAAUUCUCACAUGUUGAAAAAUAUCAUCUCAAAUGUAUUUAAAUUGCGAUCGGCAUGACUAGACAAUAUCAAUAAUGUUUUUGUUAAAACAAAUAUGAGCUGUAUUGAAAAUAGAACAUGAGCCUAGAUAGCUACACAAACUAAGUCUAUUUAGUAAAUUAUGAGCCUAGACUAGAUAAUUACAAAAAACUAAGUCUAUUUAGUAAAUGAUGAGCCUAGACUAGAUAAUUACAAAAAACUAAGUCGAUUUAGUAAAUGAUGAGCCUAGACUAGAUAAUUACAAAAAACUAAGUCUAUUUAGUAAAUGAUGAGCCUAGACUAGAUAAUUACAAAAAACUAAGUCUAUUUAGUAAAUUAUGAGCCUAGACUAGAUAAUUACAAAAAACUAAGUCUAUUUAGUAAAUGAUGAGCCUAGACUAGAUAAUUACAAAAAACUAAGUCUAUUUAGUAAAUGAUGAGCCUAGACUAGAUAAUUACAAAAAACUAAGUCUAUUUAGUAAAUUAUGAGCCUAGACUAGAUAAUUACAAAAAACUAAGUCUAUUUAGUAAAUGAUGAGCCUAGACUAGAUAAUUACAAAAAACUAAGUAUAUUUAGUAAAUGAUGAGCCUAGGCUAGAUAAUUACAAAAAACUAAGUCUAUUUAGUAAAUGAUGAGCCUAGACUAGAUAAUUACAAAAAAACUAAGUCUAUUUAGUAACCACAAAGCAUGAUUAGUUGUUUUAGUUCUUGUGCAACAACACAAUAAUAUUUAGUGGUUUCUCUAAUUGUCGAAAUGAAGGAAUGAAAAAAAAAAAAAGGCAAAUUUGGCAGUAAUCGAUUGAGUUGGUUUCAUAACAUAUACCUCAGUGGAGCAGGAUGCCACCAGGGCAGGGUGCCACCAGGUCAGGGUGCCACAAGAGCAGGGUGCCACCAGGG